UCCGCCGAUACCCCGCCGUACACCGGACACAGGGGGCCUUCCCAGGACGCAGAAAAGUAGACUGAGCCUUGUGGAGCAGCAGCCAUGACGGAAAUCAGUGACCUCGACCGACAAAUCGAACAGCUCAGACGCUGUGAACUCAUCAAAGAGAGUGAAGUAAAAGCCCUUUGUGCCAAGGCCCGUGAAAUUCUAGUAGAAGAAAGCAAUGUCCAGAGGGUGGACUCCCCCGUCACGGUGUGUGGCGAUAUCCACGGACAGUUUUAUGACCUGAAAGAAUUAUUCAGGGUGGGGGGAGAUGUUCCAGAAACCAAUUAUCUGUUCAUGGGAGACUUUGUGGACCGUGGCUUUUAUAGCGUUGAAACAUUCCUCCUCCUCCUAGCAUUAAAGGUCCGCUACCCAGAUAGGAUCACACUGAUCCGCGGGAAUCACGAAAGUCGGCAGAUCACCCAAGUGUAUGGUUUCUACGACGAGUGUCUGCGCAAAUAUGGCUCUGUAACCGUGUGGAGGUACUGCACAGAGAUCUUCGACUAUCUCAGCCUGUCUGCCAUCAUUGACGGAAAGAUUUUCUGUGUGCAUGGUGGCUUGUCGCCGUCUAUACAGACCCUGGACCAGAUCCGAACCAUAGACCGCAAACAGGAAGUCCCCCAUGACGGGCCCAUGUGUGACCUUCUCUGGUCUGAUCCAGAAGACACCACUGGAUGGGGGGUGAGCCCACGAGGAGCCGGUUACCUUUUCGGCAGCGACGUUGUAGCGCAGUUCAACGCAGCCAACAACAUAGAUAUGAUCUGUCGGGCACAUCAGCUGGUUAUGGAAGGGUACAAGUGGCAUUUCAAUGAGACCGUCUUGACGGUGUGGUCGGCUCCAAACUACUGUUAUAGAUGUGGAAAUGUCGCUGCCAUACUUGAACUGGACGAACACCUCCAAAAAGAGUUUAUCAUCUUCGAAGCCGCGCCACAAGAGACCAGAGGCAUUCCCUCAAAGAAGCCGGUCGCUGACUACUUCCUGUGACUUGCCCUCUCCCCUUCGCCUCUGGGGCCUCUUCACUAUUUCCUCCUGAUGUCUCUUGACCUUCUCCCCAGCACCCUUUCUCUCUGGGCCGUGGGACCAGCACGCUCUGAGGUGUGGAAGAACCUGUCGAGAGAGGGAACCUCUCUUGGUCCUUUUUUCGGUCUUGCAAAGGAUGAUGUGAUGCAGUGAGGGGGGUGUAACGGGGACGGUGAACUCUUGUUUUUGACAUUGGGGAAGGGCAGUCACAACGUUUUCGGGGGAUAGAGAAGUGCUCUGCGGGUUGGAAAAUGGAGCAAUGU